AUGGAGAGCAAUCAGACACGGAUCACAGAAGUCAUCCUACUGGGAUUCCAGGUUGACCCAGCCCUGGAGUUGUUCCUCUUUGGGCUCUUCUUGCUGUUCUACAGCCUUGCCCUGAUGGGAAAUGGGAUGAUCCUGGGGCUCAUCUGCUUGGAUGCUAGACUGCACACCCCCAUGUACUUCUUCCUCUCCCACCUGGCCAUCGUUGACAUGUCCUAUGCCUCAAGCACAGUCCCGAAGAUGCUGGCAAAUCUCGUGAUGCACAGAAACGUCAUCUCCUUUGCUCCAUGCAUACUUCAGACAUUUUUGUACCUGGCUUUUGCUGUCACAGAGUGUAUGAUUUUGGUGGUGAUGUCUUAUGACCGGUAUGUGGCCAUCUGUCAUCCUUUGCAAUACACCCUCAUCAUGAGCUGGAGAGUGUGCAUGGUCCUGGCUGCGAUCUGCUGGAUAUUUAGCUUUCUCUUGGCUCUGGUCCAUGCUACUCUCCUUCUCAGGCUGCCCUUUUGUGGGCCACAAAAAAUCAACCACUUUUUCUGUCAAAUCAUGUCAGUAUUCAGAUUGGCCUGUGCCAACACUAGACUCAACCAAGUUGUCCUCUUUGCUGGCUCUGUGUGUGUCUUAGUGGGGCCCCUCUGCCUAGUGCUGGUCUCCUACUCGCGCAUACUGGCGGCAAUCUUGAGGAUCCAGUCAGGGGAGGGCCGCAGGAAGGCCUUCUCCACCUGCUCCUCCCACCUCUGUGUGGUCGGGCUGUUCUUUGGCAGUGCCAUUGUCAUGUACAUGGCCCCCAAGUCCAGCCAUUCUCAAGAGCAGAGGAAAAUUCUGUCCUUGUUUUAUAGUCUUUUCAACCCUAUGCUGAAUCCCUUGAUCUAUAGUUUGAGGAACACGGAGGUGAAAGGUGCCUUAAAGAGGGUUCUUUGGAAACAGAGGUUCAGGUAA